AUGGCUUCAAGUGAAACCCCUGCUACUGUUGUGGCUACGCCCACAGCGCAGCAAAGUGACAACAGCCCACAAAUGAUCACAAUCAAUGUACUUAAUCCCUCCUUGCCGUCUCCCGGCCGUGUAACACUGCGAGACGUGCCAUUAGAGACCACAGUCGGGCAAUUGCGAAGACAGAUCAGCAAGUCUCUGCCUAAUCAGGCACUUUCGACGACCCAGCGACUAAUCUACCUUGGGAGAGUGCUUGUUAACGACAACUCAACGCUGUCCGAGACCUUUGGGCCAGUCGAGCAAACGGAGUUUUCCAUUCAUCUGGUUUUACCACCUGCUCCGUCACCUGCGACGCAGAAUGCGCCUGGGUCUGCUGGUGUGUCAAGUGUGAACGGAUCUGGGCCUUUGCCCGCAUUUCUCGCGUCACACAUGGCAGCUGUCAACAACGCCAUGCGCCAGGCUGCUGACAGCAGCCACUCGCAGGUGCAGCAUGUUUCCAAUCAUACACAGUCGCUUGUGGCAGCUCAGACAUGGCCACAUGCGUCAAUUGUUCACGGUAAUCCAGCUUCUGGGCGUGAGAAUGAUGAGUACGACGUCCUGCGACGGGAGCUCGAGAAGGCAGAGAAUGAAGUGAAUCAUCACUUGAUUCCUUCACACGAGAGUCUGUACCAAUUGCGGAGAAGAAUAGAGCAGCAGCGGCAGCAUCGCCUGGCGGCAUCUCAGGCACAACCUGGUACUGUGGACACCUCUCACGACUUUGAUUCUUUACACCAGCGUGUUGAGGCUCUCUAUCAGCGAAUCGACAGCUUGCCUCCGAACCCAAGCCAGCGAGCAGACCAGCCGUUCCUCGAUUUACGUUCUCACCAGACAAUCUACCUACUCUCUGCGCCUGAUGGUCGCAAAAGCCUCAUCAUUCCACCCCUUCCUUCAGCAUCUCCGUUUGUGUCCCGUCCAACCCCUUCACUCCGGCAAAAUCUUCCAUUGACACUCUUCCCGUCAACGUCCUCGAAUGUCCUCCAUCCUCCAUCAGACACUCUGAACCAUGGACAGACCUCGGGCCAACCCCAACCCACCAGGACGAUCCAGCCCAAUCAAGCCGAUAAUGGGCACCCGCGUGGCCAGAAUCCGGCUGUCAUUCUUCAGAAUGCUCUCAAUCAGCGCGCUGCCAACGCCCAGCCUCGGCGCGAGAUCGAGAAUAUCCUUGCCGGAAAUUUUGUGUCUCGCAUCUGGCUCUUCAUGCGCCUUUACUUCUUCAUCUUCAUGAUCACCAAUCCCGGCUCAUGGACCCGCUACCUGCUGGUCACUGUAGCCGUCCUGGUAACUCUUGCCUCGGAGAGUUCCAUUCCUGAACGGCUUCACGGCGCGCUCAUUGCGCCUGUUCAACGCCACCUCGAGCGGCUUACCCAGAUGGGCGGCCCAGCUGAUCCAGCCAGACCGGCCGCAGGCGCCGGAGCAGAGAGAAAUGCCCGCAAUCCCGCAUGGGGCGAGCUAUGGGCAACCGUUCAGAGCUUGGAGCGAGCUGUUGUCCUGCUUCUCGCUAGCCUGGUCCCGGGUAUUGGCGAGAGACAGGUCGAAGCACGAAACGCGGCCGAGGCCGAAGCGCAACGGCAGCGCCAGGAAGAGCAGCAGCGGCUUCUUGAGCAACAGCGUGAGCAAGAGGAACAGCAACGGGCCACUGCAGCAGAAGCGGAAAACCAGAGCGUGUCUCAGUCUGAUGACGUGGCUCGGGGAGCGGAAACGGAGGAGACCGUUAACGAAGGCAGUCUUACGGAGCAACCACAGCCGGAGAAGCUCACUGCUACUGCUUCUUGA